AUUCAAAGUAGUUACGCUAGAUCAACAGCCGCAUCAUCACACAAUGUACUAACUAUCAGCACGUAUGCUGUUGAGAUGUGCUUCUCUUCUAGCAGUAACGAUAUGGAAUGCAGCCAAGUCUGCUGACCCCUCAGCAUCCACUGAAGCCCUAGAGCACAGGCAUUGCUAUGCGAGAAUCGGACCUCAGCUUCCUCGAACGCGGAACGCUAUGCAAGUCCAGUCCGAAGCUGAACACUGCACGUCGCAACGAACCAUUGACUCGUAAUACCAAGCUCCUGCGACUUGAACACCUCAGCUGUCCACCCGCCAUUAUGAUCCCCAAAAUGGCAACGUGCGAGACCGCCGAAAAUAAAUACAUCACUAUAGACUCCACCAAAUUUGCCCACUGCCGCUUUGGGACACGUACCGGCGUCCCUCUUUGUCUUCACAUACAAUUCCGCGGCGCAAGGGACCAUUGGGACCCUACCUUCAUCAACCCGCUCGCUGCCACUCGGCCCAUCCUCCUCCUGGACAACUCGGGCGUCGGACGUUCAGAAGGUGCAAUCCCAAGACCAUUACCGGCUGGGCACAGAUCGUCCUUGACUUAUUGAAACACACUGAAUCUUUCGCGGGUCGACGUCCUAGGCUUCAGCAUGGGCGGCUGCGCUGCACAGAUAAUUGCGCUGAACGCGCCCAAGAAACUAGUGCGGCGGCAGGUACUCGCGGGAUAAUGCCCGGCGUGUACGAGGGCACGAUUGCAAAUGGUCCUGAUGAUCUGUUACUGCCGACAAAA